AUGGGCCUCCUGGUCCGAAUAUGGCACAUGGCGCUGCUCGAGGAAGCGGCAGAUCGUGACGGGGACGAAGAAGCGAAGGCGCGGCUGAUGGGCAUAACGCGAGAGCAGCUUCUGUGCGAAAUCGAACGCGAGAAGCAUCGCAAGACAUUCCGCAUGCCGAAGGAGGAGCUCCUCAUCGCAGAGUUCUGCGGCAGCCUAUGGAUGGAGAACAUCAUUCAGGUCUACGAGGGCACCCUGCACAUAUCGGCCAACUACGUGUGCUUCCACGCCGACGUGGAAGGCCACAGCUUUUCCGUGGUCAUCCCCUUCCGCGAAGUGCUCGACAUCAUAUCUGUAGAUAGCAAGCUCAUUCAGGUCAACACCCAAUCCAACAAAUUUUCCUUUUCGCUGCUGUGGCGACGGCAGCACUGCUGCGAGCUGAUGGUGCAGCUGUGGUCGCGACGCAUCCGCAGCUCGGAGCGGCUGCUGGAGAAGGUGCCUCCGGCCGAGGGACCCUGGGACGACUUUGGCUUCGUCGGCCUCGGGCCCAUCGUCAAGGACAGCAAGCACUUCCGAUCCGACUACGCCAUCAAGCAGAAGCUGCAGCGCAAGCGGUGGGAGGAGUACAUCGGCAAGUACGGCUGGGGCAUCCAGAUGCUCAAGACCUCCGACGCGCUCCGCGACAUCGUGCGCUACGGCAUUCCGGACGAGCUCAAGGGCGGCCUUUGGCAGAUCUUUCUGGGCAGCGCGCAUAGCUUUUGUAUCAAGCCCGGCGAGUACCAGAACCUUCUCAAACAGUUUGACGGAAAGAACUCGGACGCCAUCUCCGAGAUUGAGAGGGAUGUCAACCGAAGCUUUCCCGAGCAUCCCUAUUUUCAGAGCGAAUCGGGCAAGCAGGCCCUGCGCAACGUGCUCAUCGCCUACUCGUGGCGAAACCCUUCGCUUGGUUACUGCCAGUCCAUGAACAUCAUCUGCUCGCUGCUGUUGCUGUUCAUGGGCGAGGAGGAGACCUUCUGGGCGCUCACGAUCCUGUGCGAGGAGCUGUUCCCGCAGUACUUCACGCCCGACAUGCUGGGCUCGAUGACCGAUCAGCACGUGCUGGAGGACCUCGUCGCCGAGCACUUCCCCAAGCUCAACGCGCACCUGGAGAGCAUUCAGCUGCCACUCGUGCUCAUCUCCUUCCCCUGGUUCAUGUGCCUCUUCAUCGGCUACAUCCCCAUGCAGACGAGCAUCCGCAUACUGGACAUUCUGUUCUGCGAGGGCUACGACAGCACCUUCAUGUUCAAGGUGGCGUUGGCCGUGUUCAAGUUCAACCAAAAGUUCAUCCUCAACACCAAGGACUUCUCCAAGCUCGUCAUUCAGCUCAAGUUCACCAACCUCGACUGCGACACCCUGCUCGAGAUCACAGAGGACUUCUGGUGGGUGACGAGCAAGCUCAUCAACGAGAUGCGGGACUACCACCGCUUCCAGCUGCUCAAGGAGUCGAAGACCCCGGCGCCGCCCAUCGCCUCGCCCUCCGGCACGCCCCUCUCUGCGCGCUCCACGUCGGCGCCGACCCACUUCCCGCGCGCGCCGUCGACGCCCGUGCAGACUCCCACGCCCACGCCCUCGUCGUCGCCGCCGCUGCCAACCUACAUGACGAUGCCCAUCCGCACCCGGUCCGACUCGUCCCUGUUCGCCACGGCCAAGACACCGCUCGGCCCGAUGUCCAUCCCCGAGGGCACGACCGGGUCGCUCACCACCAUCCCCUUCCUCACGUCGGCCGACAUGAGCGGCGUGGGCUCGCCCAGCUCGCAGCCGCCCAUGUCCGCGCCGCCGGGCUACAUAGUCAAGACCCCGUCGCCGUCGCCCACGCCUCGCAAGGUCCAGUUCGACGGCACCAGCAUUCCCUUCGUUGGUGGUGCCGCGGACAACAAGAUCAUGUCCGCGCUCACGCGGCUGUCGUCCAAGGAGCGGCUGUCGCGAGCGGAGGAGGACGAGUCGACGUCGACCGACGCCACCGGCAGCGACGACGACGAGUCCACCAGCUCCAUGGACGACAGUUCCGACACCGAUUCCAGCGACGACGACACUGUCUCGUCCGAGACCGUCAGCGAGACCGAACGGGUAACGGACCCGGUGCCGACCGGACGGGAGGCGUCGGACGAGGCCGGCAAGGAGGAGAGCCGCAGCGCCCGCCGCCGCAAGGCGAAGCGCGAGCAGGAGGAGGCCGAGCGCGAGCAGCUGUUCCAUUUGGAGCUCGACCCGAAGCCCACCGCGCCUGGCGCCACCGCGGAGCCGGACAGCAGCGGCACCGCACAGGCGGCAGACGCCGGCGAGAACGGCCAGAGCGGUGAUGGCGUGGUGCCCGCCGCCAGCGGCGCCAAGACGCCCGUCGACGAGGCGGCCCGGCUGGCCGGCGGCAGCAAGAGCGAGCCGUCGACGCCCAUCCGCGUCACGCACAGCGACGACGUGCUCGACGCCAACGACGCCGAGAAGGAGAAGCGACGCAAGCGCAAGAUCAAGAGCCGUCGACGCCGACUCGCCUCGCUCGGCCGCACGCGCAGCCGCAAGAGCCGCGAGCGGGUGGGCAACCGGCUCAAGGGUGACGUCAACGCCGACGACUCGGGCGACGUCUUCGAGCCCGAGCCCGACGACGACGACGAGCGCGAGAAGCGCAUCGUGCGUCUCGAUCUCGAUCUCAACCUCGCCUGGCGCAAGUCGGCUGCGGAGGACCGCGCCGGCGCUGAUGGUAACAAGGGCGUCAAGUACCUGCAGCGCUUCCUGUUCAAGAAGCGGCGCAGGCACUCGGACGGCUACCUGGACAUAAUCAAGGAGGACGACGCGUCGCUCGUGUCGCCCCGCACCCGGACCGGCGCCGACGACUCGGGCGAGCCCUCCGUCACCCACCGCCGGUUCUUCGUGGAGGAGGACGAGGGCGAGGAGCGCGAGACCACCUUCGGCGAACCGGAUGCGCUGGAUUCGGCUCGUCGGGAAAAGGGCAAGGAGAGGGAGACGGUCAUCGAGCGGCGUCGCUCGCAGACGGACACCACGUUUUCGCCGCGGCACAGGCCGGGCGAACACGAGGCCGCGCCGGUCGUCGCCUCGUCGUCCUCGUCGGGCGAUCUCAGGGCGACCGAGAGCCUCUCCACGUCCGCGCUCAGCCGAACGACCGAGGGCCUCUUCGCGUCAUCGUCGUCGUCGGGGGUCCGCGCGGCGUCGGGCCGAACACAACAUCAGCAGCAGCGGCCAUCGCAGCAGCCGACGACCCACGACAACAGCGGGGGAGAGCGGAAGGACAAAGAAAAGGAGGAGGAGGAACAGAGCGAAGACGAAUCGAGUUCGGAGACCGACGAGAGCGAGCGCGAUGACGAGCUCAAGAGCUCCAUCUUCGUCACCUCCAACACCACCCAUCUCCCCAGGGUGCGGAAGACGAAGAAGGUGCGAGAGCGGCGUGCCUCGGUGGCCAAUCUACUGAAGAAGGAGCCCAGCGGCCGGUUGCUCGACCACGCCGGCGCCUUCGUCGAGCGGAAACGGGCCGAGCAGCUCGAGGAGGAUUUCCUCAUCCGCACGGCCGGCGCCGCCGUAGCCGCGGCCGCCGGCAAGCGGAGCGACGAAAUGUCGCCCGUGCACUCACUCAAGGCCAUGGACCGUGUCGAUAGCAAGCCCAGCGGGCUCGCGCUCGAGCAGUCCCACACGACGCCGCUCAAGCGAAGCAAGGAGGCGGUGGACUACAUCAGCGCUGCGGCCGCUGGCGACCUGGCGCCCGCCGUGGUGAUGAAGGCCACCGUCACGCCCGGCGGGCGGAGUCCGCCGCUGCUGCCCAAGAUCGAGGAGCUGCGGGAAGACCUGACCAGCAGCGCCGACGAGGACUCGGGCAGCGACGGCGACCUGGCGGGGCGCGAGCUCGGUACGAGCCCCGAGGGCCGCCGCAAGAAGAUCCGAAGCAAGCUGCGUAACAGCCGGCGGCUCUCGCUGUCGGAGCCCAACCUCAACCUGGCCACCUCGCCCCAGAGCCACCACCCGCACCACCACCACCAGCGCGGGCGCAGCAACAGCAAGGCCGCCGCCCGCCAGGCGCAGCAGGCGGCGUCCGAGAUCAAGCGGUCUGACGAGGAGGAGUGGGAGCGCACCUCCGACGACGAGUUGUCGGCCAGGCACCGGCGCGGCGCCAGCAACGGCGGCGGCGACCGGAGCGGCGGCGACAGCGACGACGAUGGCAGCGACUCGGACCGCGGGAGCGACGACGGUGGCAGCAGCCGAAGCAGCCUGGACUACGGCCAGUCGUCGUCGGGCGGCGGCGGCGGCCACCACCACCACCAGAGGCGGAGCGAGGACGGCGAGCGGCCCGAGGGCGGCAGCGGCCGGCGCCGGGCCAAGUUCUUCAAGUACUCGGCCGACAUCCUGGCCAAGACCAAGGGCGCGGGCGGGCGGGACAAGGACCGCGACCGCGACCGCGAUCGUGGCGAGCGCGACGACCGGAAGCGGAUCGAGGAGCAGCGGCGGCGGGACAAGGAUCGCACCAAGGAGGAGGAGCGCGAGAAGCGGAAGAAGGAGCGCAUGGACGAGAAGGAGGCCCGACGACGAAGCAAGGAGGACAAGGAGCGGCGCAAGGUGCUCAGCGGCGGCGGCGACCACGGCGACCACCACCACCACAAGGAAAAGGAGAAGGAAAAGGAGAGAGAAAAGGAGAGGGAGAGGGACGGGCUGGACGAUAGUGACAAGAAGCGACGGCACAAGGAGGAGAAGGAGAUGAAGCGGCGGAAGGAGGAGGAGGAGAAGGAGAGCCGGCGGAAGCGGAAGGAGGAGGAGAAGGAGCUGAAGAAGCAGCACAAGCUCGAGAAGCGGAAGGACGCGUCGCCGUCGGAGGUCGACGAGCGCGGCGGCGAUGGCGGCGCGGGCGGCGGUGGUGGCAGUGACAUCGUCGGCAAGCAGGACAAGCAGCACAAGAAGGCGUUCGGGCUGCUGCCGCUGCCUCACCUGCACCACGGCCACUCGCUGAGCUUCCACCUGCCGUCGUCGCCCCGACGCAACGCCGGCGGCGGUGGGUCGUCGGCGGCGUCGAACGGCAUGCUCAAGACGCCGCCGUCGCCGCGCGCCCACAUCGCGCCGAUCACCUUCAACCGCACGACGCCGCACCCGCAGGCGCAGGAGGGCAGCCCGAGGAAGCCGCCCCCGGCCCCGGCCAGCACGAGCUCGUCCCGCGACGCCAUGACCUCCUCCGACGACAGCCUCACACAGUGA